AAAUGCAGGUAAGUCUCUCUCUAUAUAUUUAUGAAAUCAGGAAACGUGAAAUGAUCUGUUUAAAGCCUAGUCAAGCGAGCGGCGUUCCAGGGAAUCAGUCCUUGUGGGAAAUUCCCGUCCCCUAUGAGCUGAGUGUAAAUCUCAGUGUGAACUACAGAGGAGUCAUAUUGAGAGCCUUUGAGCAGUUCAGACUGAAAUCAUGCAUUGACUUUAAGCCCAGAGCGGCAGAAGAGUUUUACAUCUCAGUGGAGAGUCGUGAAGGGUGUUGGUCACACAUCGGACGCACGUCUCCCGGAGGCCAGACUCUUUCCAUUGGGAAUGGCUGUGGAAUAAAAGCCAUUGUUGAGCAUGAGUUUCUCCACGCACUGGGACUCUACCAUGAGCAGACGAGAUAUGACAGAGAUGAUUAUGUGACAAUCAGAUAUGAAAACAUCCUCAAAGGUUAUGAGAGUUAUUUCAAUAAAUCCAGUGAGAACGUGUCCAGCACCCCAUAUGAUUAUUACUCUGUGAUGCAUUUUGAUCAAAACGCCUUCAGCAACGGUAAUGGAUCCACGAUCAUUACCAAGCGUCCUGAGUUUCAAGAUGUGAUCGGACAACUAAUGGAGAUGAGUGAAUAUGAUGCGAUUGAGCUCAACAAACUCUAUAAAUGCAAUUCCUCCAUCUCUUUCCUUGACCACUGUAGUUUUGAUGAUGAAUCUCUGUGUCAGAUGAGGGUCUGUUCGGCUGCUGAGUACGGCUGGCAGAGACUGAAGUCCGUGAGUGGCAUCAAUGUGACUGACCACAGCUACUUGGGCAAAGAGCAGAAUGGGACGUCUUUCUUCAUGCACUUCAGCACUGAGGGCAGAAACCAGGGGGACUCGGCCAGAUUGGAGAGCAAGACACUGACCCCUACAAGAGACUGCAUAGUCCAGUGCCUCCAGUUCUACUACUAUCACAGCGGCGAUGAGUCUGACCAGCUCAAUAUCUGGAUCCGAGAGUACCAGGAUGAAGCAGACAGCAGAGGAACUCUCAGACUUAUGGAUCGGGUCACAGAAACCCCUGGUAAUUACUGGAAGCUGCAUCACGUGCAACUGAACGCAAAUACAUCUUUCCAAGUUGUAUUUGAAGGCCGUAAAGGAGCUGGAAACUCCAGUGGAGGAUUCUCACUGGAUGAUAUCAAUGUUUCAGAGACCGAGUGUCCCAUCACAUGGCAGAUAAGGGACUUUGAGAAGCUGUCGAAGAAUACUUUUAGAUUAUUUAGUCCACUGUUUUACUCCAGUGAUGGUUAUCGCUUUGGGGCAGAGUUAAUUUUUGAAGAAAAUAAACUUGAAAUACGUGUUGGUAUGGUAUCUGGUGCAUAUGAUGAGCAGUUGCAGUGGCCUUGUCCAUGGAGACAAAUAACUGUCCAGAUCCUUGACCAGAAUCCACACAUCCAGAAGCGCAUGUCCUUUGAGCAAAGCAUCACCACUGACCCUGAACUGACUAAUUAUGGUGGCCAGUUUUACUGGGACAAACCGCAAAUAUAUCAAAUCAACAUCGAUGGUGAGUCUGUAUUUGUGGGUGGAACUGCCGUUUUUGUGUCCCUGACAAGAGAUGAUCUUGCUAGAAGAGAGUUCAUCAAGGGUGGGGACCUCAUACUUCUCCUCUCCAUGCAAGAUAUCUCAGGACUUCUUAAGAAAGACUCUCUUCCCUGCCCUAAAGUUACAGUGAAGAACUUCAACGUUUCUACUGACACAAGUGCACUGAAUGAGGGGCCGUGUGCCUCAAGAGCCCCUUCCACACCUCAGCCGAUCUACACGACAACAUCUAGCACUACAACAUCGAGCACUACAGCUCCACCAGGGCCCACUGAGCGUGAAUGUGUGGACAUCUUUUGCAACUCCAGUACCAAGACUGCUUCCUCUCUGAUCAUCUUGCUGCUUUGCUUUCUUUUGCUGGAGAUUUGAUCAUGACGAAUCCCCAUUAUCACGGCUCUAUGUCUGACUGCACAAGAUUUCAGUGUCUUCAGCCUUAAGUGUGUAUUCUUAAUUAAAGGGGAUGCUCUCAUAUAAUCUACAGUCAAUCAGCUUUAAUCAUAACAGUUACCAAUAUAUCGUCAUAUUGAGAUCUUAUUGUAAUCAUAAUGUAUGUUUCAUGUAUUCUCUCUAGAGGUGUUCAGGUAAACAUUUAAAAAUAUUUGAGUCUUUUCUACGUAUAAAUCACUGCAUGAAUAUUAUCGGUCAAGGUUUGAUUUUAAUAUUGGUGGACAGUUUCAUGUCAUCAACAGCUUGAUGUAACCAACUUGACUCAUA